GCAAACACACCACAAAGCUCUUAGUUCCAUAUCUCGGACACAAACAUUUUCUUACAGGGAGAAUCCAAAAAGCAACAGGAAAUUUACAUGCUGAAGCCUGCAGUUCUGACUUGAAGUCUUCCUGCAAACUUUGUUCUUUGACAUGUCUAUCCCAAUGGAAUACAAUUCAAUGUACAGAGAUUCACAAACCAUGGAUAAUCUGGAGAAACAGUUAAUUUGUCCAGUAUGUUUGGAAAUGUUCACCAAGCCUGUUGUGAUACUACCUUGUCAACAUAACCUCUGUAGAAAAUGUGCUAAUGAUAUUUUUCAGACUCGUGGCACAGCUCUGGGCUCAGGAGGUUGUUUCCGAUGUCCAUCCUGUCACCAGGAGAUUAUUCUAGACAGACAUGGAGUUUAUGGACUACAAAGAAAUUUAUUGGUGGAAAAUAUAAUUGACAUUUACAAACAAGAAUCUCUUCGGUCCACAGCAAAACCUGAACAACCGACAUGUGAAGAGCAUGACGAGGAAAAGAUUAAUAUAUACUGCAUCUCCUGUGAGACACCUACCUGCUCAUUGUGCAAAGUAUUUGGUGCACACAAGGCUUGUGAAGUUGCUCCUCUUCUAACUAUCUACAAACAACAAAAGUGCAAACUUGGUGAUGGAAUUGGAGCACUUGCUGCAACCAAUGAUGCAAUUCAAACAUUUAUUACUCAUCUAGAAGAAACAAGCAAAAUUAUUGAGGACAACUGUAAGAGCCUAAAGCAAACAAUAUAUGAAAAAUUUGAUUCCCUGUUCGCAGUUUUGGAAACAAAGAAGCAGGAAAUGAUGCAAGUAAUCACUAAUGAACAAGAUGGGAAAAUAAGCCACUGCAAAUAUUUGAUACAAACAUACAGUGAGCACAUAGGAUCCAUGUCCAAGCUUGUGGAAUCCGUGCUGCAAUCAAUGGAGGAACCCCAAAUGGCAGUCUUUCUAUGGAAUGCAAAGAUGCUGACAGCAAAAGUUUCAGAGGCCACUGGAGCAACAGUUAUUGAAGAACUAGAUCAUGAUUAUGAAAAUAUGGAUCACUAUAAUAUUGAUCUUGAGAAAGAACUGAAACUGCUACAAACAAUUAAUUUCCUUGAAGUCAAAAAGAAUUCAGAAGUUGAAGAAGCUGCAGCAGGUGAGAAAGAGGAUAAUGAAGUUGAAGCUAAGCUUUCUGAACCUUCUGCUACUGAAAUUUCAGAAGUUUUUAGUGGAGCAUCUGCCAGAGCAGAAAACCUUUCUUCAUCUUCAGAGCCUUGCACUGAACAAUCUGAAAUUAUGGGUGAAAUCCACGAUAAAGAAAAUCGCAGUGCUGAACACUGUGGUGUUGUGGAUGAAGAGCAAGGUUCUGGAACUUCAGGUGUCGUGGUUUCUGCAUCUCAGGAUGACCCCAGAGAGAAGCCCUCCAAAACCGAUGAUAAAGUGUUUGUAAAGGAUGAGCUCAGUACAGAGUCCAGAGGUUCAGAGGAUCAACAGUUUUUGGAUGGUUCUAGCAUUGAGUACUUCAGUGCUAUUGAUGAGAUUGCUGAAAAAGGAAAGCUUAGUGCUGAGUGUUCAGGUGCUGGAAUUGGAGUUCAAUACAAUGAAAACCCCAUUGCUGUUUCUCCCAAUGUUACUGAAAUCCCUGGGGCGGAAGCACCCAUGGCCAUAUUCUUUGCUCUAGAUAAGAUCUCAGCAAAGGAUAUUUUUAGAGCUGAAUGUAAUGAUGCCAGUACUGAAGCUCCUGAAGACCAGAUAAGUAUUAAGUCUUCAGUUGCUGAGACUGAUUAUCUUGAAAGGAAUGAACCCAAAAUAGAGUCUUCAUUUUCUGUGGUUAAUGUCUCUGAAAGCCAUCCCAAUGCUCAGCUCUCCAUUGCUGCGGAUGAAGGUUGUGUUCAAGAGGAACAUUGUGCUCAGUCUGAGAGUGCCUGGAAUGAAACUAUUGAAGAUCACCGCAGUGCUGAAUCUUUGGCUGCUGUGGUUCGUACUGUUGAAACCGAGUACAGUCUUGAACCUUCUGUCUGUGAAGAUGAUCCCAGAGCUGAGCCUUCCCCUAUUGUUGAAGGUCUUGUGCAGGAGGAAUCUGAUGAUGCUGGGUUCAAAGCUCCUGAAAGUAAAGAGUGUGGUGUUGAGUCAUCAGGUUUGAUGGUUCAUGCACCUCAGGAUGAUCUGAUGAUUGAACUGUUCACUACUCUGAAUGAAGUUGAUAGACCUGAAGAGAAAGUAUCCAAUGUUGACUCUUCAGGCUCCGUGGUUAAUGUGCCUGAACUCAGUUCUAAUGUUGAGUCCUCCAACAAAGGGGAUGGUAUCCCUGAAAAGGAAAAACUUGACUCUGAGACUUCAAGUGUUCAGAUUUGUGUCCCUGAAUUAGAGCCCAGUGCUGAGAACUCCAACACUGUGAAUGAAGUUCCUGCAAAGGGAGGCCCCCAUGUUGUGUCUGUCGGUACAAUUAAUGAUGUGCCUGGAAAGGAAGAGGCUAAUACUGACCCUGAAGUGUCUGCUGUUGAAAUCCUUCUCAUGGAAGAAUCCAGCACUGCACCUCCUCCAGUUAGUGAAGUAGUGGCUGAAUCUCCAGAUAUUGUAGACAUGUUUCCGGGAAUAAAAGAAUCAAACAAAACACUAUGUAAUGUUAUAAAUGCCACUGUUAAAAUAGAAGAAAGCAAUGCUUCUACACCAGAGACUAGAGCAGCAACAAGUAAAGAAUGUAUUUCCACAAGUCCAAAUCAAGUAUCUGAAAUAGAAAUAUUGAUGGAUAAAUCUUCAAGUGCCAUGAGGCCAGAAACUAUGAUACAGGAACUCAUUGCUGCACCAUCAGGAACUGCCGAUGUCAAUGCUUCAGUGGUAGAGCCCAUCACUGCCCCUUGCAGAGCCUCUCUGGAAUCAGUAGUGGCAUCUCCAGGGCCUACAAGUGGAAUCUUCCCAAGUGGUGAAUCUUCAAUUCCACUUACAAAUGUUGAGACUGGUAGAUCGACACAAGAGAGAAAGGAUGUCAUGCUCUCUGAAACAACUGCACAACAGGGUAAAUCAUUAAGUGGAAAUUCCGAUACUGGUGAUUUAAAAAUGCCACAAGAGCUGGCAGAGGUUGAAGAUGAUACCAAAUUGUAUCCUGGUUGGCACAAAUGUGGAUCCUGGCAUGUUCUUAAAACGACCAAAUUGGUUUCAAGUCCCAGCCCAAGUGCUGCAUCUCAUGAUCUAUCUGGACCAUCAUCAGCGACAGAGAAUCAGACACAGCCCGAGGUCAGUUGUGCUGCGACUGUGAUAAAAACACCUGAAUGUGAAAACACUGUGUCACCACCCGCAGCAAAGAUGGAAAGCCUAAAUUCUGCUACAGAAACCACUGUGCAACCAAUGGCAACUCAUGAACUGAGCACAACUGACUCUCCCCGCCAUAUUUUUUCAUUUUCGUGGCUGAAUGCUCUUGCAAAGUAGGGAAGUGGAAGAAUCUCAGUUGCUGAUUGUGGAAGCAUUAAGUGGUGACUGUUGUCUCUGUAUUUGUUCCCUGAAGUGACAUCUGACCUUAAUAAUGAAAUCAUACUGAAGAAAACAGCUGGUUAAGAAAAGCAUAAACUGAAGCAGGAUUAGACCAUUCAUUUGCUCUCUAUUGUUACACUAACCAAUAAGAUCAUGUCAUUUUGAUCUCCAUUGUAUCUUGCCGUUUUAACUCUAUAUCUCUUUAUUCCUUUAAUAUCUAAAAAUAUCUUAAUCAUUAUCUGGAAUGAGUUUAGUAAUGAAGCCUCCAUUAAAAUCUUGAAAACAAAGUUUUAAAGAUCACUACCUUCUGGAAAAAAUUCUGUCUCAAACCCAUCUUGAAUGGCCAGUCCCUUACUUUACGAUUAAAGAAUCUAAACACCAACUCUACUUUCAACUUGUAAGCCCAUUAACAAUGCUGUAUGUUUCAAUGAGGUUACUUCCUAUUCUUCAGAUCUUGAUAAAGGGCCAGAUUGCUUUAUCAUUUUUCAUACAGCAGACCUUCCAACCCUGGAAUCAGUCUGGUGAAUCAUAUAUGGUAGACCUUGUCCUUAUUCUUAAGUAAAGAAUGGAAAAUUAAACAUGAAUUCUCAACAAAGCUAUGUGCCUUUUGACUUUCAUUUGUUAUAAAUACAUUAUCAAAAUGAAAAGCUACAUAAGCAAAAGACCGCAUGCUGCUGAACCUGCAUAUUUUUCAUUUUUUCCACAAUAAAACAAUUAU